AUGCCGGGCCAGAUUAACGAACAAACUGGGGAGGGAGGACCUGAUGGCAGGCAGGCUACCUCACUAACCAUCAUCCUCUCCGCUUGCCCUUCCAACAGCGAAGACCACCGUGGCACCCCCGAAGCCCCAGGACGAGUCGUGACUCUCAUCUCGCGCUCGUACUGGGAGCAGCUGACCGACCACCAUGACUCGGCCCCCGAGAAAGUCUGGGGCGUCGCCUACCGCAUCAUCCCCGAGCGCGUCGCCGAGGUGAAGGACUAUCUCGACAUUCGCGAGAUAAACGGCUAUACAAUCCACUACACCCCCUUCCACCCAGCACCCAGCAUCGACAACAACACCAACGAUCCGCUGACUGCCCUGCCCGGGAAACUGCCGAUCCAAACGCUGGUUUACAUCGGCACGCCAGACAACGAGCAGUUCGUCGGCCCGCAGGACCCCCAGAAGCUAGCCGAGCACAUCUACCACAGCGAGGGGCCAUCGGGGCUGAACCGUGAUUACUUAUGGGGUCUGGAAAAGGCCCUCGAUGAACUCAGUCCGGAAAGCGGUGACGAGCACGUCACCGACCUGUCGAAUCGGGUUCGAGCGGUGGCGGCGGCAGCGGCGGCGGAAGGGAAAGGAGAGGUGGUGGUGAGCCAGACUGACAGAAAAAACCAAAUCCUGCGUGCGCAAUCUCCUGUCACUGUCAGUCUGGACGGUUCUUCUUCUUUGGAGCAUCAACAUGAGCAUCAUCAUCAUCAUCAACAACAACAACAACAUCACGAGUUCUAA